GGAUGGGUCCUUCACAACACGACGUAUCGGUUUGGUACCGGAAGUCAAAUCGCUUCGGCUCGUUAUACCGUUUGAACCAAACUCUUCCCGUGUAUGCGUGUUUAUUUUAAGUGAAAAGAUGCUGUCCAUAUUCAAGUCUAUUCCCACUCACAUGGAUUAUAAAGGCCAGAAGCUGGCUGAACAGAUUUUCCAAGGAAUAAUACUCAUCUCAGCGGUCAUUGGAUUCGUCUACGGUCUGAUCAUUGAACAGUUUGGGUGGACGGUGUACAUAGUAUUGGCUGGUUUUGUUGUGUCCUGUGUGCUGACCCUGCCGCCAUGGCCUAUGUUCAGACAGAAUCCUCUCUCCUGGCAGCCAGUUGUACCAGAGCCCAGCAGCGAGUCCAGCCAAAAGCCUCAGGAAAGUCUCAAGAAGAAGAAGCACAAAUAACUCUGAGCUACUGUGAACUAUCCCUACCUGGCUGUUAAUACAUCGUUUUAUAUUGGAAAUUAUUUUGAAUUCUGUCUCUCAGUUUCCAUUAUUAGAAGCAUUUGGGGGGGAAAACGUUGUUACAGUGUUUAUCAGUCAAUAAUGAAAAACAUAUGUGUCCAAAUAAUAAACAUCUGAUACUG